ACCUGAAACUUGGGGUUUGACUUACGAUGAUGGACCCAACUGUUCUCACAAUGCUUUCUAUGACUACCUUGAAGAAAAAAAUUUGAAGGCUUCCAUGUUCUACAUUGGUUCCAACGUCAUUGACUGGCCCUACGGUGCUCAACGUGGUGCUAAGGCUGGUCAUCACAUUUCCGAUCACACUUGGUCUCACCAAUUGAUGACUACCUUGACCAAUGAAGAAGUCUUGGCUGAACUUUACUACACCCAAAAGGCCAUCAAGAUGGUUACUGGUGUCACUCCUCGCUACUGGCGUCCCGCUAUGGGUGAUGUCGAUGACCGUGUUCGUUGGGUUGCCACUCAACUCAACUUGACUGCCAUUAUCUGGGACUUGGAUACUGAUGAUUGGGCCGCUGGUAGCUCCAAGACUGUUGAAGAAGUUGAAGAAACUUAUGAAGACUACAUUGAAAUGGGUUCUAACGGUACUUUUGCCAACAGUGGUCAAAUCGUCUUGACUCACGAAAUCGAUAACACCACCAUGUCUCUUGCCUUGAAGUUCUUGCCCAAGAUCCAAUCUUCUUACAAGCACGUUGUUGAUGUCGCCACCUGUAUGAACAUUACUCAACCUUACCACGAAACCGAAGUUGUUCACACUACUUUUGCUGACUACCUCAACGCUUCUUCUUCUUCUGCUGCUCCUGCUGCUGAUUCUGCUGCUGAUUCUGCCAACACCACUACUAACUCUAGCGCCUCUACUACUACUGAAGCUGCUGCUGGUACCACUGAUGUUGAUCUCUCUGCUAUCACUCUUGCUCCUGCUGCCUCUGCUUCUGCUGUUGCUCCUGCUGCUGCUCGUAUUCAAGUUGCCACCAGUGGUGCUAGCGCUGUUGUCCCCGCUCUUGGUUUGGUUGCCGCCGGUUUCGCCGCUGCUCUUUUCUAAAUAAAAUAAAUUGUAUGUUAUAAAUAAACUUCCUUUUUCAUCAUGCACU